CCACGCGAGAGUCUGCCUUUGUCCAUGCCAUCGCAUCAGCAGGGGUGGCUUUCGCUGUAACCCGCUCCUGUGCCGAGGGCACAUCCACGAUCUGCGGCUGUGACUCCCACCACAAAGGACCUCCAGGAGAUGGCUGGAAAUGGGGAGGAUGCAGCGAGGAUGCCGACUUUGGCGUGCUGGUGUCCCGGGAAUUUGCAGAUGCCCGAGAGAACCGGCCAGACGCCCGCUCAGCCAUGAACAGACACAACAACGAGGCUGGCAGGACGACCAUCCUGGAUCACAUGCACCUGAAGUGCAAGUGCCAUGGUCUCUCAGGAAGCUGCGAGGUCAAGACCUGCUGGUGGGCUCAACCUGAUUUCCGGGCAAUUGGUGACUACCUGAAGGAUAAAUACGACAGCGCCUCCGAGAUGGUCGUUGAAAAGCACCGGGAAUCUCGGGGAUGGGUGGAAACUCUUAGGGCCAAGUAUGCUCUUUUCAAGCCACCGACGGAGCGGGAUCUGGUCUACUAUGAGAACUCCCCCAAUUUUUGCGAGCCCAACCCAGAGACGGGCUCCUUUGGGACGAGGGACAGAACAUGCAACGUCACCUCCCACGGGAUUGAUGGCUGUGACCUGCUGUGCUGUGGUCGUGGCCACAACACCAGGACUGAGAAAAGGAAGGAGAAGUGUCACUGCAUUUUCCACUGGUGCUGCUAUGUGAGCUGCCAGGAGUGCAUACGUGUCUACGAUGUCCACACCUGCAAGUAA